AUGUAUCUACAGAGCGAAUUAAUACCAGAAUUAAAUUUAGCAGUUACUGCUGAUUCAAUUCAUCGAUCCGAUAUCGAUUAUGCUAUAGAACAUUGUGUAUUUGUUUCUCUGAACACUUUUUCUACGGAUAAAAUUGAAUUGUAUCAUUUCACAUGUCACCAUUUCAGCGACAUCAGUGAGUGUAUAAUAUUUGUGAAAAAUCAGACAAAGAAAGCUGUUUUAUUGGUAGCUCAUACAGAUGAUGAUUCGAUUUUACGAUUACACGAACUUCCACAGAUUUAUUUCAUUUAUUUAUAUUUGUGUAGCGAUAGAUUAGUAUCCACUUAUUAUCCUAAAAAAAUUCGUGGGAACUUUACAGUUAGUGACAAACUAGAAACAUUAGUAACCGAAGACCUUGAUCUAUAUGCAAAACAAUUACUUUAUAUAAUGUCGAUUAGUAUUGUUAGUGAUCAUUUAAAUACAGAACAUAUUCAAUUUGUUUAUUUUCAACUUGUAAUUGACAUUAUCCUUGAUAUGCCGCAAACCGAUGCUGCAAAAGAAGAAACAAUAUCUGAAUAUCGACUGCAUUACAAAGAACAUAGACAAAUUCAUUCAACUGAUUUUUAUGAAACACAUACAGCCAUCGACUGGUACAUGCAAAAUAAUUCCGUUUAUCGUAUAAUAAAUGAAGCUUUUCACACAGAAGAUACGAAUACAUUGUUUAACUUUCGAUAUUUUAUUAACGACCUACAUAAUGAAAUAAGGAAGUCACAUACGCGAUUCGUUGCAACAUUACCGGUUGAACAAGACCAUCUUAUGGUUUAUCGAGGACAACUGAUGACCAUUAAUGAUUUACAAAAGUUGAAAGCUAAUAUUGACGGUUUUAUUUCAAUAAAUUCUUUUCUAAUAACGACGCGCUUAUUGAAUACUGCACGUACAUAUGCUGGUGAUAGUUCAAAUCAAUUGUUAUACAAUGUUGUAUCAGUUAUAUUCGAAAUAGAUAUUGAUAUGUGCAACAAUGUUAAAAAGCCAUUUGCUAAUUUAAAUUCAAAUGAUAAAAAUGAGAUUAUAUUUUCGAUAGGUGCUGUAUUUAAAAUUCACUCUGUUACAUUGUUGACCGACAAUUUAUGGUCUGUACGUCUUAGUUAUGGCAAAAAUGCAGAUAUGGAAUUAGAUGCGUCAAUAGAGGAACAUUAUAUGAAUAUAAUGGGUGAAUCUGUACACAAACUAACAUUUGGCACCUAUUUAUCCAUACUAGAUGAAUUUGAUAAAGCCCAACAAUAUCAUAAGCUAUUAUUAUCAACGACAAAUGAUAACAAAAGUAAAGGUGCCAUUUACAAUAAUAUUGGUCUUACUUGCAAGAUCUGGUUCGAAUUUUACGAUUUCUAAUUUCAUUUGCUCAAUAAGAUUAACAUCGCUUGAUCCAUCGGCUUGCAAGAUGAUCUUGAGUAGUAGAAAGACGUGCAUCUUUUUUGUGUGUGCCUGAUCAGUGAUCAAAUUACCACAGUUUUCGCUCGACGCUCCGACAAUGUUUCCACAAACAGAGGAGAUAACGAAUUUCGCACCUACUAAUUGCUCUGAUCCCACCACAUUUUAGCGAUGAAAUUUACUACCUAUUUUUCUCCAAAUAAACAGACUUUUAACAUCUGACAGUCAUAACUAGAACGUACCAUAUUCUCUGAAGUAACAGGAGGUUCGGAUAACUAGCUAACACUUCUCUUUUAUCCGUUUUUUAAAAAAAGGCUACUCACCAAAGCGCUUAUAACUUUUUAAUGUAACGAGCUAUCGACCUGCGGUUUUCGACAAUCGAAAGAGGACAUCAGGGGACACAAACGUAUGCAAUAAAAGAUUUCCAAAAUAAUUUUCUGGGUGAUCAUAACCCGGAAAAGUUCGGAAAAACAGCGCA